CUCUGCACGGCUCUUGCACCAGUGUUUGCGUCAUCUGUUUCAUGAGGAAGCAGGGUGCAGUUUUCAGCUGGAUACUUUUUAGGAGCUGUUGUGGGUUUUUUGUAGAUAUGCAGCAAGUAGUUUUCAGUGUUUAAGAAAUGACGGGGCUUAAUUUUCUCUCCAAACUCACAGUCUUUAUUGUUUUACUGUGCAGCACACCUGCAGGUGGCUAUGUUUAUCAGAUGAUAUAUGACUGUGAGUACGGUGACAACAUCACGGACGUGGUCUUCUUUGUGAAAAACAUUUUUAACCAGAAGAUCACCACUCUGUAUGACUCUCGGGUUGGGAAGUACGUAGGGUUUGGAGAGUUUGGCAUGAAGAACGCGGCGCAUUAUAACAGUCAAGCUUGGAAAAUGAAAGAAAGAAAAAGACAAGUUGAGACUCUCUGCAGAUACAGCGCAAGAUUAUUCAGAAGCAGCACACUGGAUCGAAGAGUGCCUCCGGUUGUCAGGGUCCAGCAGACCCAGCAAACUGACUACGGGAAGCCGUCCAUGCUGGAGUGCAGUGUUGUGGGUUUUUUCCCGCAGGAAGUGAGUGUGAGCUGGCUGAGAGACGGGUUAGAGGUCACCAGCGAUGUGUCGUCUACGGAUGUCCUCGCUGACGGGGACUGGAGCUUCCAGGUUCACUCUUACCUGGAGCUGACACCCAGGAGAGGGGAGAGGGUGAGCUGCCGGGUGGACCACAGCAGCCUGACCGAGAGCCUGGAGGUGGACUGGGACACCUCGUCACUGGAUGCGAAAUACCUGAAGAUGAUAGUGGGGAUCAUCUUCUUCUUCAUCGGCUUCGCUGUAGCCGCUGGUGGAGCAGCUUACUACUGGAGGAAACAGAGGUUUGACUUCAGCCAAUUAGGUCAGCAAAGUGACACACGUCAUCCCUCAGAGUUAGUGAGGUUUUAA